AUGUCCACCGAUCAACCGACCGCCGCCGCCACCCUCGGCCACUCGCAUCGGCCGUCUCGCUCCUCGUCGACGACGUCUCGCAAGUCCAACCUAUCUCUCGACCUAUCCAGCCUACCUCCGUUCAUCCCCCCCACCCCUCCCUCCAACACGCUCCUCUUCACCAACCUGACGGAUCCGGACAUCUUCAGGCCCGACAACCUGGCCACGAUCCGCAACCUGAUCUCGGCCUCGGCCUUCAUCCACGCUUUCAGCCCGCUCAGGUCCUUCUGCCGCAUCGUCGUCUCCUUCUUCGACGAGGAGAGCGCCAUCCGGGUGCGCUCCAUCUGGGACGGCGAGGCCAUCAUGGGUCACCGCGUCAAGAUCUACUUCGGCCAGAACACCCCCGUCCACGCCCGCCGGGAGCACCUCGCCCUGCCCGACGCGGGCAAGCUCUUCUUCAUCUCCCCGCCCCCCAGCCCCCCCCACGGCUGGGAGAUGCGCCUCGAGGACGCCCCCAACAAGCUCGUCCACGCCGACGACCUGGCCGCCGCCCUCGCCAAGCUCAGCCACGACGCCCCCGGCCCCGUCUUCCACACCCAGAACUCGCCCGACCAGUCGCCCGUAGCCGACCAGCCCGCCGGCCGCGGCUUCAAGAUGCGCAGCCGCAGCUCGACCCUCAUCUACCGUCCCGAGGACGACAGCGCCAACAUGCCCGCCGUCGUCGUCGAGGAUACGACUGACGACAUGGACGACGACCGCGAGCCCCGUCCCAUCACCGCCCAUACCUCUCUCCCUCCUGUCGAGCUGGCCAACUCCUGA